AUGAGUCCGCCACGAAAAGGCCGCGGAGCGUUCAAGUCACAGGAGCCGCUGGUUUUCACGGCUUUUUACGUUGAUGCGGAUCCACGCAUUUUUGAUAAAGGUCGUGACGGUGACAUGUCACAUGAUGACGUGCUGCAUUCGCUGCAACGAGUGGAGAAGAAUUUGGUGGCGUUUCGAAGUGCACAGACUCAGUUCUCGCGGUGUUUCGAGACGGUGAUCGCACCUUGUCGUCCGCCGUCCAAGAUCCGUCAACGCUGGUUGCAAGUCACAACUAUUGCCAUUUGCCUGGCUGCUGGAGGUAUAUGGGUGGUCAAUAACCAGCAGGAGUUUCGAAGUGGCAUUGCCGCCAUGCGUGCUGCUCUGCGUGACUUUUUGAACGAGCACAUGAUUGAACCACUUCAAGCCAUCUUUGAAGAGGUGGUGCUGAACCAAAAGCCAGAGAUCCAAGAUGCGAUGGCGUUGCUGGACACAAAGCAGAGCUUGCGUCGCAUGCUAGCUGAUUUCGUAAAGGACACGAACCCUAAUGUAACACAAGCUGAUAUGAGUCGCAUCAUGGACGAAAUGGACAUGUCGGUGGUAUCACUGCAAUACGAGAAGCAACUGGCUGGUGCAGUUCGUAAUUUAAUCACGGGAGAUAUCGUCCGAAUGCUACUGAUCCAAGUUCAGUUCAUCAAGAAGGAGUUGAUGGUGGCUAUGGGCGCUAUUGAUGAGCUGAUGCAUGCAAACCAGUUAAACUUGCAGAUCCUAGCCACGAUCCCUACGUUCCUCGUUUUUGGCGGUUUGUACAAAUUGAUCACCUCAGCUUUCCGCAUGAUUUACAAGCGCAUGAGCGACCGACUUUACUAUGACUCAAGUGAGAUUGCUGGAUUUUUACGCAACAACUUGCGCGACAUCGAACGCCUCCUCAAUAAGCAGAACCGGGGUGGCGUCGUUGGUGAUGACGCAGUGCUGGGUGCUCGCGAGCUUGGCUUUCUCAUCUUAUUGCUGCACCAGCUACGUGACCUCUUCGAAGCCUACCGCACACUUUUUGAAGAAGAGGAGCAAGAGCGUUUUGAAGAGGACCUGGAUGAUCUCAUUGGGGAGGGCCUGCUGGUCUCGCAACAACUGGCCGUCAUUCAGCGCAUGUACCAUUCACACCCGUUCUUAUACAGCACCAAGCCGAGCAAGUCGCGCUGGUUUUUGGAUUAG